AUGUCGGACUCCGAAGCCAGCAGCGUUUCCAACUUUUCCAUGCCACCAACCUCACUCCCCAACGGCUACUUAGUUCGCGAUUUCGGAUACCAAACCACAUCAGCACGGUAUCGCGGCGACCACACGCCCGAGAACAAUCCCGAUCACGACAUCGACUACGACACGCCUGAGUACCGCGAAAUCGCUAUGGAGAAUGCGCGGAAGAGUCACGCCAUCUACAUGGGCGCAGUGCCGGAGAAGAAGGAAGCUAAGAAGGAGGGCUGGAUGCGAUUUAUUCCUCGCAAGGAGAUGCUGCCCAAGAAGGGGAAGUGGAUGCCAUGGUAA